AAGGAGGAAGCGACGGCGGGGUUUUACCAAACUAACCACUCUAUUUAGGUAGUUAACGGAUAUUUGUUAAUCUUCGCCUGGUUUCGUUGUUUUAACUGAAGAGGUCAAAAUGUCCUCCAUGGACCUGGAGAAGCUGAAGAUGACGGGAGCUGGUCGAGCCAUAGCGGUGCUGACCAGCGGCGGAGACGCUCAAGGGAUGAAUGCUGCCGUCCGCGCUGUGGCCAGAAUGGGCAUAUAUGUCGGGGCACAGGUGUUUCUUAUUCAUGAGGGAUAUCAGGGCCUGGUGGAUGGGGGAGACCACAUCAAACCAGCACAUUGGCACAAUGUGAGCAACAUCAUCCAACAGGGUGGUACUAUGAUCGGUAGCGCCCGCUGCAAGGCCUUCACAACUCGUGAGGGCAGGGUGUCUGCCGCCUUCAACCUGGUGAAGAAAGGCAUCACCAACCUGUGUGUGUGCGGCGGAGACGGCAGCCUCACCGGAGCCAACAUCUUUCGCAGCGAGUGGAGCAGUCUGCUGGACGAGCUCGUACAGAAAGGAAGGAUCACAGCCACUCUGGCGAAGCUGCACGACCACCUGAACAUCGUGGGGCUCGUUGGCUCCAUCGACAACGACUUCUGCGGCACCGACAUGACCAUCGGAGCUGACUCAGCGCUGCACCGCAUCAUGGAGAUAAUUGAUGCUAUCAUGACCACUGCACAAAGCCAUCAGCGCACAUUUGUUCUGGAAGUCAUGGGGAGACACUGUGGAUAUCUGGCCUUGGUGUCAGCGUUGGCAUCUGGGGCCGAUUGGCUCUUCAUUCCAGAGGCUCCUCCUCUGGAGGGCUGGGAGGACCGCAUGUGUUCUCGUCUAGAGUCGAGCCGCAUAUCAGGGUCAAGACUCAACAUUAUAAUCAUCGCAGAGGGAGCAAUCGACAGGGAUGGCAAGCCCAUCUCCUCAACAUAUGUAAAAGAACUGGUGGUGAAGAGGCUGGGUUACGAUACCAGAGUGACCGUGCUCGGCCAUGUUCAGCGAGGAGGAGUUCCCUCAGCGUUUGACAGAAUCCUGAGCACUAAGUUGGGUGUGGAGGCGGUGGUGGCUCUGAUGGAGGCCUCUCCUGACACCCCAGCCUGUGUCAUCGGCCUGUCAGGUAACCAUGCUGUUCGUCUGCCUCUAAUGGAGUGUGUGGAGAUGACUAAGUUGGUGCAGAACGCCAUGAACGAGAGGCGCUUCGAAGAGGCUGUCAAACUGCGUGGAGGGAGUUUUGAGAACAACUGGAACAUCUACAAGCUUCUCGCCUUCCAGAAACCCGCCCAGGCUCAGAGUAACUUCUCCUUGGCCAUUCUGAACGUGGGCGCUCCAGCUGCAGGGAUGAAUGCAGCGGUGAGGUCUGCUGUGAGGAUAGCGCUGGCUCAUGGACACAAGGUCUACGGGGUUAAUGACGGCUUUCAAGGUCUUGCCUUCGGAAGGGUUUUUGAGAUGGGCUGGCACAGUGUGGCGGGAUGGACGGGCCAAGGAGGCUCACUGCUGGGGACAAAACGAACCCUUCCGAACAAACACAUGGAGAAGAUUGUGGAAACCAUCUCCAAGUUCAGCAUAUCAGCUCUGCUGGUUGUUGGAGGCUUUGAGGGAUAUGCAGGUGUGCUGCAGCUGUUUGAAGCCCGGGGUCGCUACGAUGAGCUCUGCAUCCCCAUGUGUGUAAUCCCUGCUACCAUCAGCAACAACGUGCCUGGAACCGACUUCAGCCUGGGAGCAGACACGGCUGUCAAUGCUGCCAUGGAGGGAUGCGACAAGAUCAAACAGUCUGCCACCGGUACAAAGAGCCGAGUGUUUGUGGUGGAGACUAUGGGGGGAUACUGUGGAUAUCUGGCGACCUGCACCGGUAUAGCUGUGGGUGCUGAUGCAGCCUACAUCUAUGAAGAGCCCUUCAACAUUCACGACCUGAAGACCAAUGUGGAACAUUUGGCUGAAAAGAUGAAGAAGGACAUCCAGCGGGGUCUAGUUCUAAGGAAUGAAAACUGCCAUGAAAACUACACCACAGAUUUCCUCCAUAGGCUGUAUUCUUCAGAGGGGAAGGGCAUCUUUGACUGCAGAGUCAAUGUGUUGGGACACCUUCAGCAGGGAGGGGCACCUUCUCCUUUUGACAGAAAUUUUGGCACCAAGUUGGGUGUGAGGGCUAUCCAGUGGAUUUCAGAGAGAAUGACUGAAAACUUCAGACAGAACCGCGUGUUCGCCAACUCACCAGAAACAGCUUGUGUGCUCGGCCUCAAGAGGAAGGUCAUCUCAUUCAGCCCCGUCACUGAACUGAAGGAUGUGACUGAUUUUGAGCACCGGAUGCCCAAAGUCCAGUGGUGGUUUAAUCUACGGCCGAUACAGAAAAUGUUGGCCAGGUACCAGACCAGCUUUGUGGAAUACGUCCCAGGAGAGAUGGAGCAUGUGACUCGACGCUCCAUCAGCAUUGACCCCGGGUUCUAAACUUUAUAAAACUGUAAUAUACUUGCAGGACCUUUUUAACCCUUAUCUGUCCAUCCUUUGUUCCUGCUUCGUACUUUUCAGUUCGCUUCUAUGCAAGUUUAUAACUCAAGACUUUUAAAGCCUCAUUCAGUCCAGAGCAGAUUUUAUUUUUCUUUGUGCCAAAUGAUUCUGUGUAGUCAAAUCACUGCCAAUAAGAGACAUGAUGAUUGUAUACUACUGAAUAUAUUAUAAAUGGCAAAUUGUAUUUGGUGUGGGAUGAAAUAAUCUAAUCAGCAACCUUUAGUAAAAGAUGUAUAUCCAUGUUAUCCAGCUAAAAUGAAAUAAUGGGCUACAGAUUUUUGGUCCAGUGGUUAUGAUUCAUAUUAAACCCUCUGAUGUCAGAAUGUGACUGUGACUCAUGGGACCAGUGAGAUCUCUUUUUAUUUAUACACUGUGUAGGACUGAAACACUGCUUUUCUGACAUUAAUUAAUGCAAACUGAACAGCAAUUCACACAUAGUAUAAUAAACAACAAUUCAACUUACAAUACAGAAAUAUGUGAAUAAAUAUAAAUGUAUGUUGUAUAUUUUUUUUUUUAAUAUGUUUUGAAUGCUAUAUCUUCAAUAAAAUGUCAUUGAAAAGUGACAAUGCUAGAACUA